AUCAAAUCGUAUGAUCCAGUUGUGUCGCAAGCCAGUGCAUGCGUGUCUGGUGCUAGCUAGUAGCGAGUGGUAGUAGAUCCUCCCCGAACCCGGUGCUUCGCUCUAGACAGUAAUUCAUAGUUCUAAAUCAGAAAGGGUAAAAUCAUGUUUUUUCUAUUUGAAAUUCUUGUUCUAAUCAUAAAGAUUUGUGUAGCACUGGCGACAGAUUUCUACCAUAUAUUUGUACCGUAUCCUAAGAAGGAUGUACGCGGUAAGGUUGUUUUGAUCACCGGGGCUGGACACGGUCUAGGCCGCUCGUUUGCUCAUCGUUUUGCCAAGCUAGGGGCGAAGCUGGUGCUAUGGGAUAUGAAUGAAGAAGGUAAUGAAGAAACCGCCAAACAAGUACGAGAUUUGGGGGCUGAAGCACACACAUUCACGGUAGAUGUUCGUAAAAAGGAUAUCGUUUACCAAACGGCAAAUAUUGUGAAGGAAAAGGCUGGAACAGUGGAUAUUCUCUUCAACAAUGCAGGCGUUAUAUCGGGCGAAGAAAUAUGCAACCUCACCGAUGGGCAGAUCGUCAGGACGUUCGAAGUUAAUGCUAUUUCCCACUUUUGG